UACAAGUACUUCAAGGACUACAGGCAGAUGAUCAUCGAGCCCACGAGCGCGAAGCUGCUGCCGGACCCCCUGAAGGAGCCCUAUUACCAACCCCCCUACACGCUGGUCAUCGAGCUCACGGGGGUCCUGCUGCACCCUGAGUGGUCUCUGGUGACGGGCUGGAGGUUCAAAAAGCGCCCGGGCAUCGAGCACCUGCUGCAGCAGCUGGCACCGCUCUACGAGAUCGUCGUGUUCACCUCCGAGACCGGAAUGACAGCCUUCCCCCUCAUCGACAGCAUCGACCCCCACGGCUUCGUGUCCUACCGCCUGUUCCGGGACGCCACGCGCUACAUGGAGGGGCACCACGUCAAGGACAUCUCGUGCCUGAACAGGGACCCCGCGCGCGUGGUGGUCGUGGAUUGUCGGCGCGAGUCCUUCCGGCUGCAGCCCCACAACGGGCUGGGGCUGCCCCGCUGGGACGGCGCCUCCGAGGACAGGGCCCUCUACGACCUGGCUGCCUUCCUCAAGAGUGGGUGA